GCGCCGAGCGGCGGCAGAGGCGGCAGAGGCGGCAGGCGAGCCGCGCAGCCCCGCGGAAUGGAGCGGCGCCGGGGCUGAGCCGGGCGCGCACGGGCGCCGCAUGUGCCGCGCGGGCAGCGGCUGCCGACCAGGCGGACUGCGAGCGCCAGAGGCCCCGUCGAGAGCGGCCGGACAGAGCAAGCGCCGGAGAUGGGAGAACAACCCAUCUUCACCACCCGGGCGCAUGUCUUCCAGAUCGACCCCACUACCAAGAAGAACUGGGUGCCUGCGAGCAAGCAGGCGGUCACUGUCUCCUACUUCUAUGAUCUCACCAGGAGCAGCUACCGGAUCAUCAGCGUGGACGGGGCCAAGGUGAUCAUCAACAGCACGAUCACACCCAACAUGACCUUCACCAAGACAUCGCAGAAGUUCGGGCAGUGGGCCGACAGCAGGGCCAACACCGUGUUCGGUUUGGGGUUUUCCUCCGAACAGCAGCUGACCAAGUUUGCAGAGAAAUUCCAGGAGGUGAGAGAAGCUGCCCGGAUGGCCAGAGACAAGUCCCAGGACAAGAUCGAGACCUCGAGCAGUCUCUCCCAGGAAUCUGGGUGUGAAACCCCCACUUGCACCCAGGCGUCCAGUAUCAACGGGACGGACGACGAGAAGGCCUCACAUGCCGGGCCAGCCGACAAGCACCUCAAGUCUGAGAACGACAAGCUGAAGAUUGCGCUGACGCAGAGCGCCGCCAAUGUGAAGAAAUGGGAGAUGGAGCUACAGACCCUGCGAGAGAGCAACGCGCGGCUCAGCACGGCGCUGCAGGAGUCAGCCGCCAGCGUGGAGCAGUGGAAGCGACAGUUCUCCAUCUGCCGUGACGAGAAUGACCGGCUGCGCCGCAAGCUGGAAGAGCUGGAAGAGCAGUGCAGCGAGAUCAACAGGGAACGGGAGAAGAACAGCCAGCUGAGGAGCAGGAUUGAGGCGCUCGAGACGGAACUCCGGGACAAGGAGACGGAGCUGAAAGACCUCCGAAAGCAAAGUGAAAUCAUCCCGCAGCUCAUGUCGGAGUGUGACUAUGUCUCCGAGAAGCUAGAGGCAGCGGAGAGAGACAAUCAGAACCUGGAAGACAAGGUGCGAUCCCUCAAGACCGACAUCGAAGAGAGCAAGUACCGACAGCGCCACCUGAAGGUGGAGCUGAAGAGCUUCCUGGAGGUGCUGGACGGCAAGAUCGAUGACCUGCACGACUUCCGCCGAGGCCUGUCCAAGCUGGGCACAGACAACUAGGGCUGGGCCAUGCCCCCAGGUGUGUGGCUCUGCGCACCGGGCGCCAGGGGCUGCGUGUUGCACGCCGGCCGUGCUGUCCACUCCCUCCUCUGCAGACUAGAAAUCUCCUCUCGCUUCUCUGGCCUUGUGAGGUUGUGGAUUGCUGGAAGAUUCUGACUCAGGAACCAGAACUAGGUCUACCUUACAUGUUCACGCAGUCAGGGCAGGGAGUUUCUCUCUUUCCCUAAGGGCUGUCGCAACCAUGCGAACCAUACCCCGUGUUUCCUGAUCCCUGCUGCCGCGAUGGCCCCGGCGCCAGGCCCAUUGGCGCUGCUCUUCUUCAAUAGCGUUCAGAGAGAGUAGAGUUGUCCCCCAGGAGCCCACAGGGCCUGGAGAAGACAGCUUGGUAGCAGACAGGACCAGAGCAAGAAUGCAGGGUUCUGGCAGGUGCGUAUUUGGGCAUGGGAGUCGCCUGCAUCCCCUCUCCCCCAAACCCCAGCCCACCUUCCUACCCUCCCCACCCAGUUUGGAGGAUUGCAGUGAUCGGUGUUCUUUCUGUUGGUUUUACUUCUGAGCGGUUGCUUGUGCUGUGUGGCCAGCACACAGUGAGGCCCCUGGCCUCGAGCCUGGCCCACCG